AUGGCGAUUAAUGUUCUAGGUUUGGUGGUACUACUUGUGUUUUACCUUAUCAUUAUUAUUGUGGGGAUUCUGGCCGGGAAAUUAAAGAAGAAACCAGAUGGGGUGUCCAGAAUGGAGGAGGCAGUCGUGGCGGGGAGGGACAUUAAUGUUAUCGUCGGAAUAUUUACUAUGACAGCAACAAUAGUGGGAGGAGGAUUCAUAAACGGGACAGCCGAAUCUAUUGCAUUCUCCGGUAUGGUGUGGACAUUGGCGCCAUUUGGAAUUUUUAUUGGAUUAAUCACUGGAACAAGUCUCAGUGUAAUUGUGGACCUACCUCUAAGUAUCGCCAUAUUGAGUUCUUCUGCUGCUACCGUCUGUUACACCAUGUUUGGUCAAAUGGUCUCUGUCGCGUACACGGACAUUGUUCAACUCAUCUUCAUUAUAACUGUAUUAUAUGCUUUAAGUCUACCUUUUAUCCUGACCAACGACAAAGUAGGGAGCAUUUCUGAUACUGCAGAUAUAUGGAUUGGACAGUUUGAUGUCGGAAUGACAAGUCCUUGGAUUGACCUUUUCAUUGCAAUGAUUUUUGGGACAAUUCCUUGGCAGUCCUAUUUUCAGAAAGUGCUGUCAGUCAGAAGCGGUAGACACGCCCACAUUCUCUCUAUAGCCGGGGCCUUUAGUGCCAUUAUCUUAGCUGUUCCUUCUGUUCUUAUAGGGGCUGUGGCAACCAGUGCGGACUGGACCAAUACGACGUUAAAAUUUUCUCCCAUGGCUCUGAAUCAGUCCAGCAUGACUCUACCGUAUGUUCUGCAUGAGUUCACCCCUAGCUGGGUGGCUGUCUUGGCAUUGGGUGCUGUCUCCGCGGCAGUGAUGUCGUCAAUGGAUAGCUCUAUCCUUGGCUCCAGUUCCAUGUUUACCAACAACAUCUACAAGAAGAUUCUCAGAAAAAAGGCUGGUGACACAGAAUCGGUAUGGGUACAAACCAUCUCUAUAUUCUGUGUGGGGGUAAUGGCUACUCUCGUCUCCCUUUUUGUACCCAUUGUGUACGGAUUAUUCGUUUUGGCGGCAGACAUUGUUUUUGUAAUUGUAUUACCCCAGCUUUUCUGUGCUGUAUUCAUAAAGUGGACCAAUGUUUAUGGAGCCAUUCCAGGUUUCCUCGUAGGAACAAUUCUUAGAAUAGGGGCAGGGGAAGUCCUAUUAGACUGGAGCCCAUUUAUUGAGUAUCCAUUCUACAAUGUCGAAACAGGACAAAUAUUUCCCUUCAGAACUUUUGCAAUGAUUAUAUCAAUAAUCAUUAUUGUGACAAUUUCGUUGUUUGUUAAUCUCCUUCGAAAACACUCCUGUAAAAAGUCACAUCAAGUGUACAUUCUGUCUCUUGAUACGAAAGGAGACAAACAGAGUGAAAUCAUAGAUCGUUCAUCUUCCAGUGACCAGCUGAUGUCUUCUCCAAAAGCAAAAUAAUUGUAAAACAUAUCUAUUCAGGCGAGAAAAGGAUGGCUUAAAAUUAAAAUUACGUUAAAAUUGCUAUUAUCUUUCAUAUUAUAAUUCUACAGGUAUCUUUACCAGUUUUCCAUACAUGCGUAGACCUUUUUUACAUUUUAUUUUCUCUUCAAAGCCAAAUGUACUGCAUGGAAAAAUAUUGAACAAACUUGCUAUAAAGUAUCAUUGGCAGAAUAAAGUAUAUAUAA